AUGGAUGCGCGCGGGGGCGGCGGGCGGCCCGGUGACAGUCCGGGCACGACCCCCGCACCGGGGCCGCCGCCACCGCCGCCGCCACCCGUGCCCCCUCAGCCUCAGCCACCGCCCGCGCCACCCCCGAACCCCUCGACCCCCUCACACCCGGAGCCGGUGGACGAGCCCGGCCCGCGCGCCCGGCUCUGCAGCCGCGACAGUUCCUGCACCCCCAGCGCGGCCAAGGGCGGCGCGAAUGGCGAGUGCGGGCGCGGGGAUCCGCAGUGCAGCCCCGAGGGCCCCGCGCGCGGCCCCAAGGUGUCGUUCUCAUGCCGCGGGGCGGCCUCGGGGCCCACGGAGGCCGAGGAGGCGGGCAGCGAGGAGGCGGGCCCGGCGGGUGAGCCGCGCGGCAGCCAGGCCAGCUUCUUGCAGCGCCAAUUCGGGGCGCUCCUGCAGCCCGGCGUCAACAAGUUCUCCCUGCGGAUGUUCGGCAGCCAGAAGGCCGUGGAACGCGAGCAGGAGCGCGUGAAGUCGGCGGGGGCCUGGAUCAUUCACCCCUACAGCGACUUCAGGUUCUACUGGGACUUCACCAUGCUGCUGUUCAUGGUGGGAAAUCUCAUCAUCAUCCCGGUGGGCAUCACUUUCUUCAAGGAUGAGACCACUGCGCCAUGGAUCGUCUUCAACGUGGUCUCGGACACUUUCUUCCUCAUGGACUUGGUGCUGAACUUCCGUACUGGCAUCGUGAUCGAGGACAACACGGAGAUCAUCCUGGACCCCGAGAAGAUAAAGAAAAAGUACCUGCGCACGUGGUUCGUGGUAGACUUCGUGUCGUCCAUCCCGGUGGACUACAUCUUCCUCAUCGUGGAGAAAGGCAUCGACUCCGAGGUCUAUAAGACAGCUCGCGCACUGCGCAUUGUUCGCUUCACCAAGAUCCUCAGCCUGCUGCGGCUGCUGCGGCUGUCGAGGCUCAUCCGCUACAUCCACCAGUGGGAGGAGAUUUUCCACAUGACCUACGAUCUGGCAAGCGCGGUGAUGCGCAUAUGUAACCUGAUCAGCAUGAUGCUCUUGCUCUGCCACUGGGACGGCUGCCUGCAGUUCCUGGUGCCCAUGCUGCAAGACUUCCCCAGCGACUGCUGGGUGUCCAUCAACAAAAUGGUGAACCACUCAUGGAGUGAGCUCUACUCCUUCGCGCUCUUCAAGGCCAUGAGCCACAUGCUGUGCAUCGGGUACGGGCGGCAGGCUCCUGAGAGCAUGACAGACAUCUGGCUCACCAUGCUCAGCAUGAUUGUGGGGGCCACCUGCUAUGCCAUGUUCAUCGGGCACGCCACUGCCCUCAUCCAGUCUCUGGACUCAUCCCGGCGCCAGUACCAGGAGAAGUACAAGCAAGUAGAACAAUACAUGUCCUUCCACAAGCUGCCUGCUGAUUUCCGCCAAAAAAUCCACGAUUACUAUGAACACCGGUACCAGGGGAAGAUGUUUGAUGAGGAGAGCAUCCUCGGGGAGCUCAACGGGCCGCUGCGUGAGGAGAUUGUGAACUUCAACUGCCGGAAGCUGGUGGCUUCCAUGCCACUAUUUGCCAAUGCAGACCCCAACUUUGUCACAGCCAUGCUGACAAAGCUCAAGUUCGAGGUCUUCCAGCCCGGCGAUUACAUCAUCCGAGAGGGGACCAUUGGCAAGAAGAUGUACUUCAUUCAGCACGGGGUGGUGAGCGUGCUCACCAAGGGCAACAAGGAAAUGAAGUUGUCAGAUGGCUCCUAUUUCGGGGAAAUCUGCUUGCUCACAAGGGGCCGGCGCACAGCCAGUGUGCGGGCUGACACCUACUGCCGCCUCUACUCACUAAGUGUAGAUAAUUUCAACGAGGUGCUGGAGGAGUACCCCAUGAUGCGGCGUGCCUUUGAGACCGUGGCCAUUGACCGCCUGGACCGCAUCGGCAAGAAGAACUCCAUCUUGCUGCACAAGGUUCAGCACGACCUCAGCUCGGGCGUGUUCAACAACCAGGAGAAUGCUAUCAUCCAGGAGAUUGUCAAGUAUGACCGUGAGAUGGUGCAGCAGGCAGAGCUGGGUCAGCGUGUGGGGCUCUUCCCACCACCACCGCCGCCGCAGGUCACCUCAGCCAUUGCCACGCUGCAGCAGGCCGUGGCCAUGAGCUUCUGCCCGCAGGUGGCGCGCCCGCUCGUGGGGCCCUUGGCACUCGGCUCCCCACGCCUCAUGCGCCGCACACCCCCAGGGCCUCCGCCUCCAGCAGCCUCACCAGGGCCGCCUACGGCCAGUCCCCCGGCCGCGCCCUCCAGUCCCCGGGCACCGCGGACCUCGCCCUACGGUGCACCCGGCUCCCCAGCCACCCGCGUGGGGCCCGCACUGCCCGCGCGCCGUCUCAGCCGAGCCUCGCGCCCGCUGUCCGCCUCGCAGCCCUCGCUGCCCCACGGCGCACCCACGCCCAGCCCCGCGGCCUCCGCGCGCCCGGCCAGCAGCUCCACGCCACGCCUGGGACCCGCGCCCGCCGCCCGGACCGCCGCACCCAGCCCGGACCGCAGGGACUCAGCCUCACCCGGCGCUGCGGGUGGUCUGGACCCGCUGGACUCUGCGCGUUCGCGCCUCUCUUCCAACUUGUGA